AUGCUCAUGUUCACCUGCUCUCAGUCAGAACCUGGUCCCAAGGCCCCAGAGCUACUCUACUUGGACAUGGAGAGUAAGACGCCUAUCGAACAUGCAAUUAACCAACGAUACACAGGCAGUUAUGGAUCAAAUCAGAGGUCCAACAUCUUGACACCUCUGCAGACUUGUUCGUCGUCUCGAGGCCUGGUGUUGCUGGUGGUUGGCCUCUUGGCUUGUCCAGCUGCGAUGACCUUGGGUCCUAGGGUUCACGCUUCCUUCAACUUAUCAAAGAGAACUCAGUUGUGUUUCAAAACCCAACGUCAUCAGGCUGCCUUGAUUGCUUGUUUCUGCUGUGCUUCUUCUCUGGCGAGAUUCAGCUUGAAAUACGGACGGCCUUGUCUCGGGUUGGCUAUGGUACAUGUAGCUACAAGUACCCACCAGAUUUCAUCUUGA